GUGGUAUUGUCAAUUCUAUACAACCUUCGGUACAAUGUGUGAUACAAUAGUGCUUUGAAAACUGCGUCGGAGCACCGGAGCCCCGGUAUCAACCGUCCCAUCACUAGUUUCAGGUGUGUUGAUAAAAAUGACGCUGAUAAUGAACGCUUGCGUUUUUUUAUUCAAAGUCCUCACUUUACCGCUGCACGUUGCAGAGCUGGUUGGACUUUUGUCUUUAUACAAACGCGUUUUUCCUCGAGUCGUGUAUAACUUUACGUUAGCGUACAAUGAAUUAAUGAACGAUAAGAAAAGCGAACUGUUUCGAAACUUGGCCAAAUUCUACCCCCCGAAAGGCUCUCUACGCAUCUUAGAGGUGGGCUGCGGAUCCGGGGCGAACUUCGAGCACUACCCGACGGGCUGCAAGAUCACAUGCAUCGACCCCAACCCGCAUUUCAAAAACUACCUGGAGAAAAGCAUGGCGAAGAACGACCACCUCGUAUAUGACAGCUUCGUAGUGGCGUCGGGGGAGAAUCUACAGGCGGUGGAGGACAACUCAGUGGAUGUUGUGGUGUGCACACUGGUUCUGUGUUCAGUCAAAGAUACCCCGAAAGUUCUGCAAGAAGCAAAGAGAGUUCUUAGGCCUGGAGGAGCACUUUUCUUCCUUGAACAUGUGGUGUCUGACCCCUCAACCUGGACUUACUUUUUUCAACAUGUUCUUCAGCCAUUCUGGUACUAUUUAAAUGAUGGUUGUGAUACAACCCGAGCUACUUGGAAGCACAUUGAGGCAGCUAGCUUCUCCGACCUGCAGCUACGCCACAUCCAAGCUCCUCUGUUUUUUAUGCUGAAACCACACAUUGUUGGUUAUGCCGUCAAAUAAUGAGUAUGAACUUUGCCACACACAAAGGGUGUGUUCACACUUGUAGUAAAGAUUUUCUGAAGCAUGUUUUUUUUCCCCCAGUAAGCUUAUUCACUACACUGUCCACUUUUAAAUGUAUCUGCAUGGAUGAGCAAUUGGUAUUAUAUCAUAAAAUAAGUUUGUUUAACAUGCAAAGACUCUCAUUAUAUAUAUCACUGUAUCUUGUUUUAUGAAUAUCCUGUCUGUAAAGUACAUCACUACCAAGAUUAUACAAAAAUACAAGCAGGUAAAUCAAAAUUCUUUUAUCUAUAUAAAACAGGCUUUUGAAAAUGAAUGCAUAAAAGAGCCAUAAAGCCAUCUAGUGGUUGGAAGGAAUGAGUGUCAUAUAAAGUGUGUAACACUUUUAAAAUAAAUUCAGGAAGCAUAAACUUAA